AGACGAGUGUCUCAUUAGAUUAUCAGCAGUCAUCAAAACCUGCAAAAGAGCUCUGCUAAAUGAUUGUGGCUUAACAGACAAAAGCUGUCCAGCUCUGGCUUCAGUUCUUGGAUCAGAGACCAGUCUGAAAGAGCUGAACAUGAACAAUAAUAAUCUGCAGGAUUCAGGAGUGAAGCUACUCUGCACUGGUCUGGAGAAUAUAAACUGUAAAUUAGAGAUACUGAGUCUGAAGAACAACUGUAUCACAGAAGGAGGUUGUCAUGUUCUGGCUGCAGCUCUAAAUUCAAACCCUUCAAAUCUGACAGAGCUGGAUCUGAGUGAGAAUAAACUAGGAAACCCAGGAAUGAAGAUCAUCUCUACUCUGUUUGAAAAUGUACAGUGUAGACUGGAAAAGCUGAAUCUGAAAAACAACUGUAUCACAGAAGGAGGUUGUCAUGUUCUGGCUGCAGCUCUAAAUUCAAACCCUUCAAAUCUGACAGAGCUGGAUAUGAGUGAGAAUAAACUAGGAAACCCAGGGAUGAAGAUCAUCUUGACUCUGUUUGAAAAUGUACAGUGUAGACUGGAAAAGCUGAAGGUGAGUGAAUAACCAGCGCUCUCUUCCACCCUCAAUACCACGACUGAGAUGAGACACCUGAACAAGAUCUGAACCCCCAACUGCUCCCUGUGCACUGCUGCAUAUGCUGCCCAAUCCCUGGUUGUCCCCUCUAAAAAUAUGAUUAAACAGCAUGAUGUGUAUUGUAAAUAACAGUUUUAUACUUAAACCUCGUAAGUAGUAAAACAAUGCCAACUGGGCAUGAAUAUGUGUUUUAAGUUUAUAAAUGUUUUGAGUCCCCCCCACCUUUGCCUCACAGUGCUUUGAUCCAAAUGCCUGCUUUCCUCUUUUACAUCACCUCAGUGUUGCCGAGUUUGUGGUUUUCAUGAGGAACUAGGCUACCUAUCACUGUUUCUGUGUGUUGAAGCGACCCCAAUAACAUAAUAUGAAUGUAAAUUUUACCGGAGAAACCCCACAGCAAAAUGUGUAUUUUACCCCCAGAAUGAAAUCUUUACUGGGGAACUCCCCUUGAAACCUAAUUGUGCUAGUAUUGAGUAGCAAUUAGGUGGGUUUUGUUGCGAAAACCCAGCAACCCAGCAAUACUGCAUCACCUACACACACACACACACACACCAGUGAGAGAGAAUAAAGUCAACAGUUGUGGAAAUCGACUGUCAAGGCUAUUUUAUUCACUUAAACAUCAUAUGAAGUAAUUAAUUUCUCUUUAAUACAGAUGAUGCCAAUGUAUUUUUCGAUUAGUUUGCUAUAGGGUUGACCCCAAACAGGUAGGGUUCAAGUGAUUUUCAAAACAUUUAAGCCAGUGUAUAUAUAUUGUUUACCUGAUAUAAGAUGCAUGUGGUUUUGAUUCAAGCACGUCAUUAUAGCCUAGUACUAUGGUGAUAUAUUUUCUGCGCACAGUGCGAGCAGGUCAAACUAAUGCAGAAUAUUAAUAAGUAUGACUGGACUGUCACACCCAUACCA